AUGAGUUCUACAAUAGCAAAAAAAUUUAUACCAUUAAUGGAUAGAAUUUUGAUAAGUAAAAUUGUUCCAAAAACUACAACAAAGUCUGGACUUUUUUUACCUGAAAGUGCAACUGAGCCAUCUUAUACAGGAAAAGUAUUAGCUGUUGGUCCAGGUAGAAUAACAAGUAAUGGAAAUAAAAUACCUCCAAGUGUAAAAGAAGGAGAUGUUGUUGUUUUACCAGAAUAUGGUGGAUCUUCAUUAAAAAUUGAUGGAGAAGAAUUUUUUGUUUAUAGAGAUGAUGAUAUUAUUGGUAUUUUAAGAGAUUAA